AUGGACAAAGUCCAGGAACAAGCAGAUUUCAUCGGAAAGAAGAUAUCUCCGUUUGUAACCUCACAUCAACCAAACCUCGCAGGAUUCACUGAUCAGAAAAUCAUCAGCGGUUCCCAGCCUCCAGCGACAUCACCUCCUUCUCCUCCAUCCCCGGACAGUGGCGGCGGCGGCGGCUCACAAUCAUCUCCUCCAUCGGUAACUGUUUCUCCACCACCAUCAAAUCAACCUCCUGUUACAACUCCACCUCCAAAGCCUCCUUCGUCACCUCCACCUUCUAUAACUCCACCUCCUUCACCUCCUCAGCCUCAACCUCCACCUCAACAAUCCACCCCGGCCGGAGAUUCUCCCGUGGUGAUUCCUUCUCCAAAGCCUCAACUUCCUCCUCCAACUACUCAGCAACCAGAGGCCAGACCUAAUGAUAUAGGCCAAGAACUACCCAACAACCCUAUUUCUCUCCCCUCUCCGCCUUUAAACCCUUUAUCGCCGCCUUCUCCUGAAGGUUCUUCUUCAUUUUCAUCUCCAUUUCCUCCGGUUAUCUCGCAAAACCCUAAUCUCCCAAGAAACCCUUCACAACCUUUGGACUCACCUCAAACAGGAGGAUCAAAUUAUGUGCCCUCGUCCUCUUCUGUCCCGUCUCCUCCUUCCCUCUCUGGCUCCGAUAACAACUCCGGAGGCUCACAUAAUGCAAAUAGUAAUGGAAAUGGUGGUAAUGGACAACAAAACAAUGAACCUAACUUCACCGAGAAGACAAUGAUCGGUGUAGGGAUCGCAGGUGUAUUGGUCAUUAUAAUCAUUGCUGUCAUCUUCUUCUUUAGGAGGAAACAAAAAAAAUCUUCUUCCCCUAGGUCUAACCAGCAGUAUUUGCCACCGGCUAAUGUCUCUGUUAAUACAGAGGGAUUCAUUCACUACGGACAUAAACCCGGAAACGGGACCGCCUCAGGGCAGAACUCAUCACCGGAUACAAACAACAGUUUAGGGAAUCAAAGACCAGGCAGAACAACCCCUGACUCAGCAGUAUUAGGGACUUCAAAGAUCCCUUUCACCUUUGAGGAGCUAAGCGAGAUAACAGAAGGAUUUAGCAAGAGAUUUGUCAUAGGAGAAGGUGGGUUCGGGUGCGUCUACAAGGGUAUCCUUAGCGAGGGAAAGCCAAUCGCUAUCAAACAGCUAAAGUCAAUCAGUGCAGAAGGAUAUAGAGAGUUCAAAGCUGAAGUGGAGAUCAUAAGCAGAGUGCAUCAUAGGCACUUGGUGUCUCUUGUGGGUUAUUGCAUCUGUGAGCAACAUAGAUUCCUUAUAUAUGAGUUUGUCCCCAACAAUACUUUGGAUUACCAUUUACAUGGCAAAGACUUACCGGUUUUGGAAUGGAGUAGAAGAGUCAAGAUUGCAAUAGGCGCAGCCAAAGGACUUGCUUAUCUACAUGAAGAUUGUCACCCGAAGAUUAUCCAUAGAGACAUCAAAUCGUCAAAUAUUUUGUUGGAUGAUGAAUUCGAAGCUCAGGCAAUUUCUGUACAGGUUGCAGAUUUUGGACUCGCCAGACUGAACGAUACUGCACAGUCCCACAUAUCGACACGUGUCAUGGGCACAUUUGGGUACUUAGCGCCAGAAUAUGCAUCAAGCGGGAAAUUAACGGAUAGAUCAGAUGUGUUUUCAUUUGGAGUUGUGCUACUCGAACUCAUCACCGGUCGCAAACCUGUUGACACCUCUCAACCUUUGGGUGAAGAAAGUCUCGUUGAAUGGGCACGUCCGCGGCUAAUCGAGGCCAUUGAAAAAGGUGACAUCAGCGAAAUAGUGGAUCCACGGCUGGAAAAGCAUUACUUCGAAGAAGAAGUCUAUAGAAUGAUCGAAACGGCAGCUUCUUGUGUUAGGCAUUCAGCACUAAAACGACCUCGUAUGGUUCAGGUUGUAAGAGCUCUGGACACAAGAGACAACUUGUCGGAUCUGUCAAACGGAGUCAAAGUAGGUCAAAGUACGGUCUACGACUCUGGUCAAUACAGUAAUGAGAUUCGUAUGUUCAGAAGAGCCUCUGAGGAUUCAUCGGAUCUCGGUACUAGCAACGGCUACUACACAAGCCAAGACCUUACGAGCCGUGAACUUGAGAGCCGAGCCUUCACCACAAGACACCAAACUAACCAGUACUGA